GGUGUCGGAUGGUGCAUGACAAGCAAGUAGGCUAUACUGUCUGGAAUUAUAUUAGACCUAGCCUACUUUACGACGUUCAUUAUACGAGAAACAUAUAGGCUACAUUGUGUCGUCGAUAAGUCUUAUGAGCCCUUUUCCUUUGAAAUCCGGACGAAUGAUGCCGCGGAGAUAUUCGGACAGAGGAGACGCCGGUGUCAUUUGUUACAUUUAGCUUAAAAUUAACCAAAGUAUUACAUUUUGCUCAAUUUGCCAACACCACAUUCCAUUACACUGGGCGACAGUAACUGUAAAAGAAUGCGACAGGCGUUUUUGAGACAUGUCCGUCGGUUUCCGUGGGUCACCAACGUUACACUGUACGGUUGUCUGUUCGCUGGAGGAGACUUCGUCCACCAGUCGUUCUCGCGAGGGGAACAAAUGGACUGGAGACACACACGGAACGUCGCCGUGGUCGCGUUCAGUUUCCACGGUAACUUCAAUUUCUUCUGGAUGCGGUUCCUGGAGCGGAGGUUUCCCGGGAACUCCGUCCGGAUGGUGGUGAGGAAGCUGCUCCUGGACCAGACCACAGCGUCGCCCCUGGCUACCAGCGUCUUCUACACAGGUGUCAGCAUCUUGGAGGGCAAAGACGACAUCUUUGAAGACUGGAGAGAAAAGUUCCUGAAUACAUAUAAGACGGGGCUAAUGUUCUGGCCAUUUAUGCAGUUUCUGAACUUUGCCUUGGUGCCUCUGUACAUGCGGACCGCCUUCACCGGCUGCUGUGCCUUCGUUUGGGCCACCUUCCUUUGCUUCUCGCGUCAGAGCGGCGAUGGCACGGCCGGUGCUGCUCUGGCGUGGAUGUUCCCUCCUAAAGAGGAUGAAGCAGAAUCCACAAAUGAGAAGGUGGACUCCAAGGAAAAGAGGGAAUAGUAAACCUACUCCGAUCCGAAGUAUGUAGAAUCAGUGGUUGUGAUGGAGGGGGACAAAACGUAAAGGGAAAAAGCAGCGAUCUUUAGUGGAGAUAGCAGGUUCAGUGGAUGGCAGUCCUGUCUGUGGUUGAUGUUGCACUAUCGCUGCCAGGGUUUGAGUUCAAAAUCACACUGGGGUUAAACAAAAAAAAAAAAGGUGAGUUCUCAUGACCUCAUGGUGCUUUGAAACAGCAUCCAGCAAAUGGAAAAUGUAUACAGCAUACUUUUCAGUAUGCAUACAGCACACCACCUCAGUGGGAAAAUGUAAUUCAGUCCUACUUUUCAAUCCCACAGUGAACCAUCAUGGUGCUAUAUUUGUUGUCAGGUUUUGUUUUUAUAAAUGCAGUCUUGUGUUCUCACAUUACAAACAAGAGAGUUCCCUUAAUCUAUUGGACCUCGCUGAAUGAUAUUGGAAUCAUUUGUGAGGACUUCUAUGUCUGGAAAGGAACCAUAGAAUGACUGAACUAAGACUGCUAAGACUUAUCUGCGACUGGAACAGAGUGCCUGAUCUCUAAGGACUUUCUGCUUCGAUUCCUGUUUACACUCUGGUACAAGAAGUCCACAUGCACACAGGGACCAAACACUAAAACAUAUCCGAAAAUAUAUUUUUCAUCCUGUAUUUUCAACCAUUGUUUCUUAAUAUUUAAUUGUUGUGGCAAUGAGAUACUACUGAAGAUUACUCUGUUUGUAUAUUAAUGAUUGAUGAAGGUUGUCUCAAACAUCCAUUUACUUGAAUGUGGAAAUGCUGCCUGCCUGCUGUCGUACUUUGUUAAUGUGAUACUGGGGAGUGCUCUCUAUUAUAUCUCUUUGCACCAUUUCCUUAUUUUUCAAUAUUGAUUGCUGUUUUAUCCAUUUUUUUUUAAAUUUAUUUUACCUCUUAGUGUAAAUGUUACUUUAAAGGUUACCUCGCCUGUAAUGAUUCUUGAACUUUAGAUGCCGAUCUGCCAAACAGUUUUCUAUAGAGGUAAUUUUUAAAAAUAGCUCAGUAUAAGACUGCUAUUCCUAUAUAUAGAAUUUAAAAGGUUCCAGGCAAACUUCUUUUCUUUUGAUCCCUUUAAUCAGACAUCUUUUAAAAUGCAUCCUUAAUUAUGAUAACUUAUUAUUAGUAUAAUGUAGAUAUAUAGUAGUAGAAUGUCUGUUUCUAAUUAUUAUUUGUGUGCUGAUGUGCUACACUGGAACUCAAAGAUCAAAUCAAUGAAUAUUCCCUUUGUUCAUUCCAGCAACUGAAGAAGUGAUAUUACUAACUAAUUCAAAGAUGUGUACACUACUUUAUUUUUUUGAAGGGUUUUGAUAUCACAAAGAACAACUAUUUUAACAGUAUCGUUGACUGUAAUGUAUUGAAAAAAAGAUUAUUUGAUGACAUUUUGCACGGAAGUUACACUGAUUGUGGUAGAGAUAAAUAAUAUUUAUUGUGGAAUAAAUUAAAAACACCCCAUUGACUCAA